AUGUCCACUGCACUCAGUAUUACAUUUUAUAUGUGUCAUGAAAUUCUACUUGCGAUUGGAUUUGCAGGAAUGGUAGGUAAUAGUGGAGCUGACUACGUUAUGUUGCCAGUCAUCAUAGCUAUCCUAAGAAGAUAUAAAGGCAAACUCGGUAAAUGGUUAGUAUUACAGCCAGGAUGUAAAUGGGGAUCUGAUGCCAUAGGCUUUGGUAAUAAGUGGAUAAACUCUGGUGAGUCUGCAACUGGUGGUACUAGUGGUCAGGAUGCUUGGCAUUGGCAUGUUAUUGGUCUUAUUCUAAUGAUACUUAAGAUCUCUCUAGCCGCAAUAUUUAUUUAUUCCCUUCACUAUAGAGAUCACAUAGGUACUGAUGAAGAUGUCAUUUUACCAAUGCAACUGGUUGAUGACUAUCUACUAGUCUUUAUUGACAUUUUGGUAGCAAUCAUAAUAUAA